GAACACGUAAUACACAAAUUCUGAAUGGCCAGCCCCGAUGAUGCAGUGCUUCAUGUUGUGAGACACGCUGCAUUUCCUUUCAGCCCAUAACAGCCACAGAAGUCAAGUUGGACAUGAUUGGCACUGUCCUACCUCCUCGUGAGACCUGAGAUAGAUGUGGGGGCCUGACUUGUGAUGGCGAUCAAAUUCCUUCUAUGGCAAUAUUAAUCAUGGCUUCAGAGGACAGGAAGUUGCGGUUCCAAUACCACGGUGCUUCCGUGUCGACACAGCAUAUUUCCAGAGCUUCAAAUAAAAUUUGACGCCCUGCGACCUGUCUUGUGCAUCUCAAGCAUUCCAGUAUCUCUUCUUAUCCAUGAAAGAAACUAACAUCUUGAUCUCAUCUCAGUUAUGCCUACAACGUUGACCAAUGGCUCCGACGGGCCAGAGCAAAUGAGGGUCCCUAAGAAGCUCGUCCUUUGUUUUGAUGGCACUGGGAAUACUUUCACUGGCUCAAACUCUGACACCAAUGUUGUCAAAAUCCUCAGCAAACUUGAUCGCAAUGAUCCUACCCAGUACCACUAUUACCAAACUGGUAUCGGCACAUACGAUAUCAAUGAUGAGUCUGUCAAUAAGAGCGUUUUUGGUGAGAUCAAGAGUUACAUCUCCCAGACUAUUGAUCAGGCAAUUGGCACAACCUUCGACAGCCACGUGAUGGCAGGAUAUCGGUUCUUGAUGCGGUACUAUGACUCUGGUGACAAGAUCUACAUGUUCGGAUUCAGCCGCGGUGCUUUCACUGCCAAGUUCCUCGCGCGCAUGGUGAACACUGUAGGACUACUGUGCAAAGGCCAAGAGGAGAUGGUCCCCUUCGCAUACAAACUGUACCAGAAAUAUCUUGCUGGUGAAGUUGAGGACUUCAACGUGGCUCAUCCCAAAAAGUCGAAGAGAAAGAAGAACAAGGACAAAAAAGAUGCCGCCCCUCCGCCGGACACAUCGUUGAUAGAAGUGGAUCCCGAACCUCCUCACGACGGCCACGAAGAUGGCGCGUGUGAAGAUCCGGUCUACCACGGUCACAAGUUUGAGGUUGCUCGCGACGAGAUAGCCGCUUUCAGCGAUACCUUCUGCCGCAAGGAGAGGGUGAUGCACUGUGGUAAGUUGGAAGAGGCCAACAUCAAGGUGUUCUUCCUAGGCAUCUGGGAUUGCGUCAACUCUGUCGCUGUCCUCGAGCGUGAAGCGCCAGUUCCACAGCCGGUUGUCGGCACGGCAAACCACGUCCGCCACGCCGUGGCCAUUGACGAGCGUCGUGUCAAGUUCAAGGCCGCUCUCCUUGCCCAGGACAAGGAAGACGCCGAACAUAACCACGAAGACAUCAAAGAGGUGUGGUUCCCAGGAUGCCACGGCGAUGUCGGUGGCGGUUGGCCCGCAUCCAAGGACAACGCGUUCGACAACGGCAAGGAAACGGAAAUGACCUUCUGGCAGCGCAUCAAGCAUUUCUGGUGGACACGUCAAGACAAGGGGCCAGGCAAGGCCCUUGGUGCCGAUCGUCUCCAGCUCAGCGACGUCCCGCUUGCCUGGAUGAUCCGCGAGAUCGAGCUAGUCGGGGAGCAGGACCCUUCAGCGGCACUCAAGUGGCGCCCCACUGUGCAUCAUUUCAAAGAGCACUUCACCAAGAAGAAGCACAAGGCGAUGAAAGGGGCCAUUCAUGACUCGCUUGCCCUGGGGAAGGGAACAAGCCUCUUCAAGGUGAUGUUGUGGAAGUUUAUGGAAUGGUUACCAAUCAUCAAGCGCUGGGAACUGGAGCUCCAUGGAUGGGAGAACGUCCGUUUCCCGCUUAACAAGGGCAACACGCGCGACAUCCCAAAGGACGCAGUGCUUCACGAAUCUCUCCUGUGGCGUCUACUGAAUGAUGACAAAUACUGCCCUAGGAACAACCAUGGUGGGCGAGAGCUGCCCUGCCUAAAGCACAAGAACAAUGUCGCCGAAUGUCUCCCUAUGAAUGAGCACGAACAUACUCCGGAUUGCGACCACAAAACUUUCAUUAUCAAGAAGUCCGCGUCUGAUAUGAGCAGUAUGACGUAGCGAGAACAUAGUGAAGGCGGCGAGAAGACACAAGUAAUCAAGUAAUAGUUUCGUAUCUUUCUGUUGAGCUGGAGGGAAAAUAUUGGUGGCAUAAUCGGCAGAUAUCACUUGAAUUGGAGGCAGGAGCUGACAAAAAUGAUAUGCGAGGUAAAAGCGAUUGCCAUUGAACGUGAAAUCAAAUUUGUCCUUUUCCGGACCUUCUUCUUUCAA